CAGACCUCCAGUAUUGGCCAGCUGAAACUGCAGCUGUUGGUCUGACGGCUCUGGGCAGCCAGUGCUGGCCAGCCCUCCCAUUCUGCCUCACAUCGUCCGCGCCUGAAGUCUCCCGAUGGGGGCGAGAUCCUGUGCGCGAGGAUGCCUCUGGCCCAGAUAAAUGUUCUGGGAGCCCGGUCGAUCGUUCCUGCGCCGUAACAUUUCAUUUCCUCAUUCCUGUCGAGUUCUGUCAGCGAUUCCUCUGUUCUGCUUGAUUCAAACCGUGUCAGCUGUCCAUUUGCACGCUGUAAAUAAACCUUCAAGUUGUCUUUGCCUUGUGAUCAAUCCCUCUUAGCUUUCUUCGCGAAUCUUGAUAGCCCCUUUCGUCAACAUGUCACGGGCUCAUGUGCUAUUCUGGUUGCACCCAGAGAGUCCUGCUGCCUACGAAGUCAUCAACGACCCGGAAAACGCAUACUUGAUAGAUCGGUCCCACCCAUCUCCUUGCUUCGCCAUUGGGCAUUUCCGGUCUAAGUGCGGGCGGAGAGAAACUCUGGUGACGAUAGGAAGGCUCGGGGAUAUUGUACUCCGGAGCACCACAUUCUCAAGGGAGCAAUGCUCUUUCGAGAUCGACCCCACUACCAAUGUCAUUAUGUUUCAUGACUCCUCCAGGGUUGGGACUAGCAAUGUUCACGGCCGAGACUCGACCCCCUUUCGCUUUGGGUCUCCCAGGAAAGUCGUGGUCCAACAAGGAUUGAACACAUACAUUGGCAUGGGAGGUCAAAGGCGCGAUAUCGUCGUAUUCCGGAUGCAGUGGCCUCACGCCUCACCAGAAACCCUCAAGCUGGUGGAAGCGAGGGACGUGAGGGCGCUUGCAGUAAACCCCAGAUUUUUGCGGACCGACUCGGGCAAUACCGAGACGGAAGUGCCGACGAAGGCUCAGACAAGAGUACACUCAGCAAGACCGGAGAGGCCAAUGAUAAGGUGGGCCAAGAUCGACGCGCUCGGGGCUGGAGCCUUCGGAGAGGUGAUUCGCGCCGUGGACGUGGACACCGGGAGACUGGUGGCAGUCAAGACCGUGAAGAUACGACAAGACCAACAUAGAGACGCUUCCUUUGCGACGCUAAAGCGAGAGAUUGAGACUAUUGGCAGAAUAGAGCAUCCAUUCGUCGUAGACUGGAUAUGCUCGCAGGCCAGCAUAAACUCCCCGGAAGCGCACAUCGUCAUGGAGUUGAUGAAGGGUAGCCUGUAUUCCCUUCUCGGCGGGCAGUGGCUCCCAGUCGAACAACUGAACUCAGUCACGAACCUGGUGCUCACCCACAUGCUACAGGCCCUGGACUGCCUAGCAUCGGAGGACAUAAUCCACCGCGACGUCAAGCCAGAAAACAUCCUAUACACGCACGGCCCAGACGGCAAGCCCGUCUUCAAGCUGGGCGACUUUGGCGUCUGCAACCACGCCGCACAGGCGCAGACACAGAGCGGGACGGCGAUCUACAUGGCGCCGGAGUUCUGGUCGCCGCAGGGGCAGGGGCAAGGGGAGAGGGCGCAGACGACCAAGGCGGACACCUGGUCGCUGCUCGUGGUGCUGCUGUGGGUGUACGACUUCAGGGGGUUCCGGCGCGAGGCGUACGGCGCCGGCUUCAACCUCUCCACGGUGCCCCAGCGCGCCGCGGAGGCCACGGCGCCGGGCCAGCGCCUGCACCAGCUGGCGCCGAUGGCGCGGCGCGACCCGGGGCGGCGCGCGUCGGCCGCGCAGAUGAUGGUGCUGCUGGAUAUGUUCUCGCAGGAGCCCAAGGCCAUCCUGUGCAGCCACGGCAAGGACCCAGGCAAGAUCCCGGCGCUGUCUGCGGACGAGACGCCUCCGCCUGUGCAUGUGCCUGUGCCUGUGCCUGCGCCUGUGUCUUCUUCUUCUUCUAGGCUUGCUGGUCGGCGCUCGUCUGGGAUGCGUGCUGGUCAUGCUUUGGUCCAGACCAUGGAUCUGGAUUAAUUACUGGAGUCCCACGGUUAUGAGGUUCUCCCGUAAGAGGCUAUAUCGCCGGACACUGGCUUCUAGGACUCGGAGGUGUUGACAUAUAGGGGAUUGUCCCACGGGAGGUUGGGAGGACACCUGAGCAGAGCUCUUUGUUGUAUAUUCGGUGUCACUCCACGAGCUUUGCUCGAGUGAGCACCACUCACCAUGUGUGGUGCACAUGUGGUUCAGCAUGAGGGUGGUCCAUCGCUCGCUAUAAUUAUCCAACGUCAAUGAACACUUGGAUGUCUAGCGGCACCUGCUGCUAUAUCCUAUGGUAGGUGACUACAUAAUGGGACAACUAACGUGCAACAACAAAAUGCACAAGCCGUCGUCGUUGUCAUCCCUGCAGGAAUGAAUCCCUGUGUGCUGCAUCAAGCAGCUAGAGAGUCACAUGGGAGGGAACUUGACACGUUGUUGGUGACCCUAAACAACAAGACAGUGGAAUCCAGCCAAUUGGUGCGAAAUAUAUCCGCGCUGAAAUCAAAUGUCUUGGGGGUUGCACAUGUAAGUGGUACACGUGCGGUCACGCCCGCCUUUUUCCCACAUGCACCACGGACGACAUGGACCGGCGGCGGGCGACGAGGACGAGGACGAGGACGAGUUCGAUUGGAAAGGAGGAGCCUGCGAGGACAGGACGUGACGUUCACGAUCAAAAUGGCUGGUCUUUUUCUGGUGAACCGUGUGAUUUUUGGGAGGGUGACAGGAUCCGAUUUGACCGCGUCGGCGCAUGUACCAAGCGGAGAUUUGGGAGCCUCAAGUCCUACCUGAG